ACGCUUUCCUCCUCCUCCUUCCUUACUUAUUUCCAUGCGAACGUUUCGUAAUCGAACAAACAAAGGGCGUCUCGUUGCGUCGACAAACGAUAAAUCGGAAUCCCGAUCGGAAAAAGAUGAAUAAUUUCGUGCUUAAAGAUGGAGUGAUGAAGGAGCAGAUCGGAACUGAGAGGAGGACGAGCGAGAGAUGGGGAAAGAGGUGGUCGUUCCUAUUGGAUUCCGAUCAGCGUUGUCUGCAAAUAGCACGCGAGCCGAGUAUUAGUGAGCAGCAGGAAUACAGCGUAGGCGGCAGGGGGACGAUGACAACAAGGAGAAAAGGACCUAAGCUUCCAGCUGUGUCUACACGAGAUCCGGAAUCUUCCGGGCCGAUGCCCUUGACUACUACAGGUGAAGUCGGUUGGCGAAGUUCCAAGGCUUGCUGCAAUCUGGAGACGCUGGGCCCUUUGUACGUGAGCCCCAGGACCACAAUGGAUCCGCCUUUUGGUGAACCGACGUCCGACUUCAAAUACAUAAUGUUGGGAUAAUGGGACUCCUCUUAAGACACGUCUCACAUCAACUGCAUUUGAUGCUUUUACAAGUCUCCUCUACAUGUCUAAAAGUCUUUACAUCUACAUCUUUAAAUGACUUGGAUAUCAUAAUUAUAACAUAUUGUUAGUC